UGAGGGAAGACUAUAGGAAUGUGUUGGAGAUUUCAGGGAGAGUUCAGCUGGGAACGUGCUAUCUGCCAAAAGAAGAAAAACGGAGAGACAGAUACUCAUGAUAAACGAAUGAAAACAUGCCCCAUUUCACCGUGGUACCAGUGCAGGAUAACUCUCUGUCCAACUAUGAUAGUCUAGAGGGAAUAAACUGGGUGGAUUACAGAGACACAGGACAGGGAGGAUACCCUGGACAUGGAGACACAGUUAGCUCAGAUGGUCAUGGAAAUCAUAAAGAAGACAGUCCUUUCCUCGGCACUUCUGACUCAGCAUCUAAGGGGAAUGACUACUACGACAAAAACUUGGCCCUGUUUGAGGAAGAGCUGGAUAGCCGGCCGAAGGUCUCAUUUCUUCUCAGUCGGCUGGUCAGUUACACAAAUGUUACUCAGGGAGCCAAAGAACAUGAAGAGGCAGAAAGUGCCGAUGCAUCCAGAAGACAAGUGCCCAAGUCUCCAAAUAUGGGCACACUGAUGGGAGUGUAUCUGCCGUGUCUGCAGAACAUCUUUGGUGUGAUUCUCUUUCUGCGUCUCACCUGGAUAGUAGGAACAGCAGGUGUCGUCCAAUCCUUCCUCAUCGUUCUCAUGUGCUGUUCCUGUACGAUGUUAACAGCAAUCUCGAUGAGUGCCAUAGCCACCAACGGUGUAGUUCCAGCUGGUGGGGCCUAUUUCAUGAUAUCUCGGUCUCUGGGCCCUGAGUUUGGUGGUGCAGUUGGUCUCUGUUUUUAUUUGGGCACAACCUUUGCUGCUGCCAUGUACAUACUGGGAGCAAUUGAAAUAUUUCUGAAAUAUCUGAUUCCUCAGGCUGCCAUAUUCCAUCCCGCAGAUAUUCAUGCAGGGAGUGGUGCGAUGCUGAAUAACAUGCGGGUGUACGGCACAAUAUGUUUGAGCCUUAUGGCUGUGGUUGUCUUUGUGGGGGUCAAGUAUGUCAACAAACUCGCCUCUCUUUUCCUGGCCUGUGUCAUAAUCUCCAUUGUUUCCAUCUAUGCCGGAGCUGUCAAAUCCAUCUUCCACCCUCCUGAGUUUCCGAUCUGCAUGUUAGGAAACCGGACAUUGGCUCGUGAUUUGUUUGAUGUCUGUGGGAAGACAGUAGUUGUUGGUAAUGACACGGUUCCCAGCCAACUGUGGAAGAACUUCUGCAGCUCUGAGAAUUCCAGCAGUGCUCACUGUGACGAGUACUUCCUCCAGAACAAUGUUACAGAGAUCCAGGGCAUUCCUGGGCUGGCCAGUGGGAUCAUUAAAGAAAACUUGUGGGGGGAUUACAUGGAGAAAGGACAGAUUCUGGAAAAGCCAAGUCUGCCUUCUGUUGAUGUCCAUGGCUCCAUGGAGACCUUUGGCUUCUAUGUGUCCGCUGACAUCGCCACAUCCUUCACCCUCUUGGUUGGGAUCUUUUUCCCUUCUGCCACAGGCAUAAUGGCAGGAUCAAACCGAUCUGGAGAUCUGAGAGAUGCACAGAAGUCUAUACCAAUAGGGACGAUCCUGGCUAUAACAACUACCUCUCUUGUCUACUUCAGCUCUGUGGUUCUGUUUGGGGCCUGCAUUGAGGGUGUGGUGCUGAGAGAUAAAUUUGGAGAUGCUGUCAAUAAAAACUUGGUGGUUGGCACAUUGUCUUGGCCCUCUCCCUGGGUCAUUGUGAUUGGCUCCUUCUUCUCCACAGUGGGUGCAGGACUUCAGUCCCUGACAGGAGCUCCUCGCCUCCUGCAAGCCAUUGCUAAAGAUAACAUCAUUCCUUUUCUUAGAGUUUUUGGACAUGGUAAAGCUAAUGGAGAGCCCACGUGGGCCCUGCUGCUGACGGGACUCAUAGCUGAGCUCGGCAUCCUCAUUGCGUCACUGGAUAUGGUUGCUCCUAUUCUCUCCAUGUUUUUCCUGAUGUGUUAUCUUUUUGUAAACUUGGCGUGUGCAGUACAAACACUUUUAAGAACGCCAAACUGGAGGCCUCGGUUCAGAUACUACCACUGGGCUCUGUCUUUUCUGGGCAUGACUAUGUGUGUAGCGCUUAUGUUCAUCUCCUCUUGGUACUAUGCCAUUGUAGCGAUGGGCAUUGCUGGUAUGAUCUACAAGUACAUCGAGUAUCAGGGAGCAGAGAAGGAAUGGGGGGACGGGAUCCGCGGCUUGUCUCUUAGUGCCGCCCGUUAUUCUCUUCUUCGCCUGGAGGCUGGACCACCCCACACCAAAAACUGGAGGCCACAACUGCUGGUUCUUCUGAAGUUGGAUGAGGACCUGCAUGUGAAGUAUCCCAGAAUGCUCACCUUUGCCUCGCAGCUGAAGGCAGGAAAAGGUCUAACCAUAGUAGGAUCAGUGAUAAAGGGCAACUUCCUGGAAUGCUAUGGGGAAACACAAGCGUCAGAACAGGCAAUAAAGAACAUGAUGGAGAUUGAGCGGGUGAAAGGCUUCUGUCAAGUGGUUGUCGCCUCCAAAGUGAGAGAGGGUAUCGCGCACCUCAUCCAGUCUUGUGGUCUGGGAGGCAUGAAACAUAAUACAGUCGUUAUGGGUUGGCCGUAUGGCUGGAGACAGAGUGAAGACCCACGAGCUUGGAAAACCUUUAUUAAUACAGUGCGGUGCACUACAGCUGCCCACCUUGCUCUGAUGGUCCCAAAAAAUGUGUCAUUGUAUCCCAGUAAUCAUGAGCGCUUUUCUGAUGGAUAUAUUGAUGUGUGGUGGAUUGUCCAUGAUGGUGGAAUGCUCAUGCUUCUGCCUUUCCUUCUCAAACAACAUAAGGUCUGGCGUAAAUGUAAGAUGCGCAUCUUCACUGUGGCUCAAAUGGACGAUAACAGCAUUCAGAUGAAGAAGGAUCUGGCAACCUUCCUGUACCAGCUCAGAUUAGAAGCAGAGGUGGAAGUGGUUGAGAUGCAUGACAGCGAUAUCUCAGCAUAUACGUAUGAGCGGACACUGAUGAUGGAGCAGAGGUCGCAGAUGCUAAAGCAAAUGAGGCUGUCCUGUGCAGAGAGAGACAGAGAGGCCCAGCUAGUGAAAGACAGACACUCAUUGAUAAGAAUGGGCAGUCUAUACUCAGAUGAAGAAGAGGAAACCAUUGAAGUAUUACCAGAGAAAAACCAGAUGACCUGGACUAGUGAAAAAAUAGAAGCAGAGAGACGAAACCGAAGCAAUGCACCAGAAAACUUCAGAGAACUAAUUAGCAUUAAACCUGACCAGUCUAACGUUCGGCGGAUGCACACAGCCGUGAAGCUGAACGAGGUUAUUGUUAAUAGAUCGCAUGAUGCCAGACUUGUGCUGCUCAACAUGCCAGGACCUCCACGCAACCCAGAGGGAGAUGAAAACUAUAUGGAGUUUCUUGAGGUGUUAACUGAAGGGCUAGAGAGAGUGCUGCUUGUAAGAGGUGGAGGUCGUGAGGUCAUCACUAUCUAUUCCUGAAUGGCCAAAGAUCCUUACAUACUUUAGACUACUGUUUCUGUAUCUAGUGCAAGUCAAAAAAUGCCAGCCUAAACAUAUCAUAGUUCAUAAAAAGGAGGUUUUACACUAAAGUGCACUAUUUGAUUAAUUAAUUUCACUUUAAAUAAUUCAAUGGCUCGUUUGUGUACUUA